CCAGACACAACGGAAGACGCUCCGCUUCUGGUCGAAGGACGGAGACCGAAAAAAUAACAAUUAUCUUCAUGUGAACAUGAAAAUAAAUGGCAUAGAGGGGUAUCACAUCAGGUCGACGGAAAUCUUUAACAUUUUCAAGAGAGGAUGUAUUAAACGUGGUCCAGGGGACUUUUUACAAGCUAAAAAAAUGAGGAUUAAAACUGGAGUUAUAUUUUGGAAUCUCGUAUUUUUUAUGAUGGUCACGUGUGUGCGAGGUUUCAUAUAUACAUGCGGUGGGACGUUGAAAGGAAGAAAUGGGACCAUUGAAAGCCCCGGAUUUCCAUACGGAUAUCCCAAUGGGGCAAACUGUACGUGGGUAAUCGUAGUGGAGGAGGGCAACCGCAUUCAAAUAGUCUUUCAGUCAUUUGCGGUGGAGGAGGAAUAUGACUUUUUAUCGCUCUACGACGGGCACCCUCAUCCAGCCAACUUCAGGACGAGGUUAACAGGUUUUCAAAUGCCACCACCAGUCACGAGCACGGGGUCGGUCUUCUCCCUGCGCCUCACCAGUGACUUUGCCGUCAGCGCACACGGCUUCAAAAUAUACUACGAAGAGUUGCAGAGCAGUGCCUGCGGUAACCCGGGUGUCCCCCCAAAAGGCAUCCUGUCCGGCACACGCUUCAACGUGGGAGACAAAAUCCGCUACAGCUGCGUGACAGGCUAUGUGCUGGACGGCCACCCCCAGCUCACCUGCAUCACCAACGCUGCCAAUAUGGCUGUGUGGGACUUCCCUGUCCCUAUCUGCCGAGCUGAGGACACAUGUGGUGAUACUCUGAGGGGUUCAAGUGGCAUCAUAUCAAGUCCCAAUUUCCCGAGUGAAUAUUACAAUAAUGCGGACUGUACGUGGACCAUACUUGCUGAUCCCGGAGACACCAUUUCCGUAAUUUUUACAGACUUCCAGACAGAGGAAAAGUACGACUACUUGGAGGUGGAAGGAUCGGAGCCGCCAACAAUUUGGUUAUCGGGGAUGAAUGUCCCGUCACCCAUUGUCAGCAACAAGAACUGGCUGAGGCUACACUUUGUAACCGACAGCAACCAUCGAUACAAAGGCUUUAGUGCCCAUUAUCAAGUGAAUGAGGGCGGCAUCAAACAGGCGUCCAACUCCUGCCCGGACCCAGGGGAGCCUGACAACGGCAAGCGCAUUGGCUCCGACUUCAGCAUCGGGGCUACAGCUCAGUUCACCUGUGAUGAGGACCACGUCCUCCAGGGCUCCAAGACCAUCACCUGUCAGCGGGUAGCGGAGGUGUUCGCAGCAUGGAGUGACCACCGGCCCGUCUGCAAAGAGAAAACAUGCGGCUCCAAUCUUCAGGGUCCCUCCGGUACCUUCACAUCGCCGAAUUUCCCCAUUCAGUAUGACAGCAACUCCCAAUGUGUUUGGAUUAUCACCGCCAGUAACCCUAAUAAGGUAAUACAGAUUAACUUUGAGGAGUUUGACCUGGAGAUUGCCUACGACACACUAACCAUCGGCGAUGGAGGGGAAGUCGGCGACCCGUCCACUGUGCUGCAAGUUCUGACCGGCAGCUUCGUUCCUGACCUCAUAGUUAGCAUGACCCACCAGAUGUGGCUGCACCUCCAGUCGGACGAGAGUGUGGGAUCCAUCGGCUUCAAGAUCAACUACAAAGAAAUUGACAAGGAGAGCUGUGGGGAUCCAGGGACGCCUUUGUACGGCAUUCGGGAGGGCGAUGGCUUCUCCAACGGGAAUGUGCUUCGCUUCGAGUGCCAGUUUGGCUUCGAGCUGAUUGGUGAGAAGACCAUCUCCUGCCAAGACAACAACCAGUGGUCUGCCAACGUCCCCAUGUGCAUCUUCCCCUGCCUGUCAAACUUCACUGCCCCGAUGGGGACAGUGCUGUCCCCCGACUACCCGGAGGGCUAUGGCAAGAACCUCAACUGCGUGUGGCUAAUCCUGUCGGAGCCGGGCAGCCGCAUCCACCUGGCCUUCAACGACUUCGACCUGGAGGCACCCUACGACUUCCUGACGGUGAAGGACGGCGAGUUCCUGGACUCGCCAGUCUUGGGGCGCUUCUCGGGCGCUGAGGUGUCCUCGCACCUCACCAGCAACACCAACAUCCUCCGGCUGGAGUUCCAGGCCGACCACUCUAUGUCCGGCCGAGGGUUCAACAUCACGUACACCACUUUCGGCCACAACGAGUGCCCAGACCCCGGCGUCCCGCUGAACGCCCGGCGCUUCGGCGACAACUUCCAGCUGGGCAGCUCCAUCUCGGUGAUCUGCGAGGAGGGCUUCAUCAAGACGCAGGGCGCUGAGACCAUCACCUGCGAGCUGGCCAACAGCAAGGUGAUGUGGAGCGGCCCCAUCCCCAAAUGUGAAGCUCCGUGUGGUGGCCACUUCUCGGCUCCCAGCGGGGUGAUCCUGUCUCCGGGGUGGCCUGGAUAUUACAAGGACUCACUGAGCUGUGAGUGGGUGAUCGAAGCCGAGGUGGGCCGCUCCAUCAAGAUCACCUUUGACAAAUUUCAGACGGAGAUCAAUUACGAUUUCCUGGAGCUGCACGACGGCCCCAAUCUACUGUCUCCGCUGAUUGGCUCCUUCAACGGCAGCCAGGUCCCCCAGUUCCUGUUCAGCAGCGCCAAUCACCUGUACAUGCUCUUCACCACGGACAACAGCCGCUCCGACAGCGGCUUCAAGAUCCUCUACGAGGGCGUUACUGUGGACACCUAUUCCUGCUUGGACCCCGGCAUCCCCGUGAAUGGCCUGCGCUACGGGCAGGACUUCUCCAUCGGCUCCACAGUGUCGUUCGGCUGUGACCCGGGCUACCGGCUGAGCCACGAGGAGCCGCUGGUCUGUGAGAAGAACCACUGGUGGAGCCACCCGCUCCCCACCUGCGAUGCUCUGUGCGGGGGUGAUGUGCGUGGCCCCGGUGGCACUAUCCUGUCCCCUGGGUACCCCGAGAUGUACCCCAGCUCCCUGAACUGCACCUGGACGGUGGAGGUCAGCCAUGGCAAAGGCGUCCAGUUCACCUUUGUCACGUUCCACCUGGAGGACCACCACGACUACCUGCUGAUCACGGAGAAUGGCAGCUUCGUCCAGCCGCUGGCCCGUCUCACUGGUUCCGAGUUGCCCUCGCCCAUCAACGCUGGUCUCUACGGCAACUUCAAGGCCCAGCUGCGCUUCAUCUCUGACUUCUCCAUUUCCUACGCUGGUUUCAACAUCACCUUCUCAGAGUACAACCUGGAACCGUGUGAGGACCCAGGAGUGCCGCCCUACGGCCGCCGCAACGGCUACAGCUUCGGCAUCGGCGACACGCUCACCUUCUCGUGCAACAUGGGCUACCGUCUGGAGGGGGCGCCGGAGAUCAUCUGCCUGGGAGGGGGCCGGCGCAUGUGGAGCGCACCUCUGCCAAGGUGUGUGGCUGAGUGCGGUUCAUCUGUCAUCAACAACGAGGGCAUCCUGCUAUCCCCGAACUACCCCAUGAACUACGACAACAACCACGAGUGCAUCUACAGUAUCCAGGUUCAAGCAGGCAAAGGCAUCAACAUAUCAGCCAGGACUUUCCAUUUGGCCCAGGGGGACAUCCUCAAGAUCUACGAUGGGAAGGACAGCACGGCUCAUGUGCUUGGGGCGUUCACAGGCUCGGCCAUGCUGGGCCUCACGCUCAUCAGCACCUCCAACCACCUCUGGCUGGAGUUCUUCUCUGACGCAGAGGCCACUGGCGAGGGCUUUAAGCUGGUCUACUCCAGUUUUGAGCUCUCACACUGUGAGGACCCUGGCGUGCCCCAGUUUGGCUACAAGGUCAAUGACCAGGGCCACUUCUCCGGAAGCACCAUCACCUACAAGUGCAACCCCGGCUACACCCUGCAUGGCAGCAGCGUGCUCAAGUGCAUGACGGGCGAGCGACGCACCUGGGACAACCCUCUGCCCUCCUGCAUAGCGGAAUGUGGGGGUCGAUUCAAAGGAGAGUCCACUGGCCGCAUCCUGUCGCCCGGAUACCCGUUUCCCUACGACAACAACCUCCGCUGCACCUGGAUCAUUGAGGUCGACACGGGCAACAUCGUCAGCUUGCAGUUCCUGGCCUUUGACACCGAAGCCUCCCAUGACAUCCUGAAGGUGUGGGAUGGUCUCCCGGAGAACGAGAUGUCCCUGCGGGAAGUGAGCGGUUCUCUUCUGCCCGAGGGUAUUCACAGCACCCUCAGCGUGGUCACCAUCCAGUUCGAGACCGACUUCUACAUCAGCAAGUCCGGCUUCGCCAUCGAGUUCUCAAGCUCUGUGGCCACAGCCUGCAGGGAUCCCGGCGUUCCGAUGAAUGGCAGCCGGAACGGAGAUGGCCGGGAGCCGGGCGACACGGUGACCUUUCAGUGUGAUCCGGGCUACGAGCUGCAGGGCGAGGUGAAGAUCACCUGCAUCCAGGUGGAAAACCGCUACUACUGGCAGCCCAGCCCGCCCGUCUGCAUCGCUCCUUGUGGGGGGAACCUGACUGGCUCUUCAGGGUUCAUCUUGUCCCCAAACUACCCGCACCCGUACCCGCACAGCAAGGAUUGCGACUGGUUGAUAGCGGUCAACUCGGACUACGUCCUGUCACUGGCGUUUAUCAGCUUCAGCAUCGAGCCCAACUACGACUUUGUCUACAUCUACGACGGGCCGGACAGCAACAGCCCGCUCAUCGGCAGCUUCCAGGACAGCAAGCUGCCCGAGCGCAUCGAGAGCAGCUCCAACACCAUGUACCUGGCGUUCCGCAGCGACGGCUCCGUCAGCUACACCGGCUUCCAUCUGGAGUACAAAGCCAAGCUACGGGAGUCUUGCUUUGACCCGGGCAACGUGAUGAACGGCACGCGACUGGGCAGCGACUACAAGCUGGGCUCAACGGUGACGUUCUACUGUGAGGCCGGCUACGUGCUGCAGGGCUACUCCACGCUCACCUGCAUCAUGGGAGACGACGGCAGGCCCGGCUGGAACAGAGUGCUCCCCAGCUGCCAGGCCCCCUGUGGGAGUCGGUCCACUGGUAACGAGGGCACUGUUCUGUCGCCCAACUUCCCCCGGAACUACACAUCUGGUCACAGCUGCGUGUACGCCAUCUCUGUGCCCAGGGAGUUUGUCCUGUUUGGACAGUUUGUGUUGUUCCAAACCUCCCUCAAUGACGUGGUGGACAUCUACGACGGACCCACUCAGCAGUCUCCUCUGCUCUCCUCACUGUCAGGCUCGCACUCAGGGGAGUCUCUUCCUUUGAGCACAGGGAACCAGAUCACCAUCAAGUUCACCACCGUGGGCCCAGAGACAGCCAAGGGAUUUCACUUCGUCUACCAAGCGGUGCCACGCACAAGUGCCACCCAGUGCAGCUCAGUACCCGAGCCACGCUUCGGCAAGCGCAUCGGGAACGACUUUGCUGUGGGUGCGUCGGUGACAUUUGAGUGUAACCCUGGCUACACCCUCCACGGCUCCUCAGCCAUCCGCUGUGAAGCAGUGCCCGACACCCUCGCACAGUGGAACGACUCCUUACCCACAUGUGUCGUGCCAUGCGGAGGGGUGUUGACAUCACGCAAGGGGACCAUCCUGUCCCCAGGUUACCCCGAGCCCUACGACAACAACGUGAAUUGCGUGUGGAAGGUCUCGGUGCCCGAGGGGGCAGGAAUACAAAUCCAGGUAGUGAGUUUUGCGACUGAGCAUAACUGGGAUUCCCUGGAGUUCUAUGAUGGUCCAGACAGCAAUGCUCCAAGACUAGGAAGCUAUUCAGGGACGACCAUUCCCCCGCUGCUGAACACCACCUCCAACAACCUGUACCUUAACUUCAUCUCCGACAUCAGUGUGUCGGCGGCAGGUUUCCAUCUGGAGUACACAGCGAUUGGUUUGGAGUCCUGCCCGGAGCCUCAGACGCCCAACUAUGGCAUCAAACUAGGUGACCGCUACAUGGUGGGGGAUGUUGUCCAGUUUCAGUGUGAGCAAGGAUACUCUUUGCAGGGGAAUGCGUACAUAACAUGCAUGCCAGGACCUGUGAGAAGAUGGAACUACCCAGUGCCACUCUGCCUAGCUCAAUGUGGCGGGUCCAUGACUGAGGUCAGUGGUGUGAUUCUGAGCCCUGGGUUUCCUGGCAACUAUCCUAGCGGACUGGACUGCACCUGGACCGUCAAACUGCCCAUCGGCUUUGGCAUCCACCUGCAGUUCUUCAACUUCUCCACGGAGGCCAUUCACGACUACCUGGAGGUACGCAGCGGCAACGCCGAGACGGGCGCCGUCAUCGACCGCUUCAGCGGACCCCAGGUGCCGCAGCCGUUCUUCAGCACCACCCAUGAGACCAGCUUCUUCUUCCACAGCGACUACUCCCAGAACAAGCCCGGCUUCCAGAUCAAUUACCAGGCGUACCAGCUGCAGAGCUGCCCUGACCCGCGCCCUUUCCAGAACGGCAUUGUGAUCGGCGGCGACUUCAGCGUGGGCAUGACUGUGUCGUUCGAGUGCCUGGCUGGCUACUCUCUCAUCGGGGAGGCCUCCCUCACAUGUCUCCAUGGGAUCAGCCGCAACUGGAACUUCCCCGUGCCUCGAUGUGAAGCUCUGUGUGGCGGGAACAUCACCUCCAUGAACGGCACCGUGUUCUCCCCUGGCCACCCUGCCGAGUACCCCAACUUCCAGGACUGCGUGUGGAACGUCAGGGUGCCCCCCGGCUACGGCAUCUUCAUCAACUUCACCACCCUCAGCACCGAGCCCAUCUAUGACUACAUCACUGUUUGGGACGGCCCUGACCAGAGCUCGCCCCAGAUUGGCCAGUUCAGUGGGAAUACAGCACUCGAGUCGGUCUACACCACGUCCAACCAGAUCCUCAUCAAGUUCCACAGUGACUUCAGCGGCAGUGGCUUCUUCGUGCUCAGUUACCAUGCCUACCAGCUGCGUGUGUGCCAGUCUCCUCCUGAAGUUGGCAAUGCGGAUGCGCUAAUGGAGGAUAAUGACUUUGAGAUAGGUGAUAUCAUCCGCUACCGGUGUCACCCCGGCUUCACAUUGGUGGGCAGCGAGAUUCUGACGUGCCGUCUGGGGGAGCGACUGCAGAUGGAUGGCCCCCCUCCCACGUGUCAAGUACAAUGCCCUGCCCAUGAUGUGCGCUUCGACUCGAGCGGGGUGAUUCUGAGCCCAGGCUACCCGGACAGCUACCCCAAUCUCCAGAUGUGCUCGUGGAGCAUCAACGUGGAGAAGGGCUACAACAUCUCGCUCUACUUUGAGUACUUCCAGACCGAGAAGGAGUUUGACAUCCUGGAAGUCUUUGAUGGUCCCACCACCCACAGCCAGGUGCUGGCCACCCUAAGCGGGGACAUGGCCACACCCUUCAACCUGACCACCACAGGCCACCAGCUGCUUCUGCGCUGGACAGCGGACCACGGCACCAACAAGCGAGGGUUCCGUAUCCGCUAUGUCGCGCUCUACUGCAGCACGCCCGACUCGCCGCUGCACGGCUCUGUGGCCAGCCAGACCGGCGGCCACGUCAACAGCCAGGUGCGCUGGGCCUGUGACCGCGGCUAUCGGCUGGUGGGCCAGGGCUCGGCCGUCUGCAAGAAGACAUCGCACGGCUUCUACGACUGGGACUCGCCCGUGCCUGCUUGCCAAGCGGUGUCCUGCGGAGUGCCCAAAGCACCGCUGAAUGGAGGCGUGCUGGCAGCCGACUUCUCGGUGGGCACGCGCGUGACCUACUUCUGCAACGACGGCUACCGCCUGUCCUCCAAGGAGCUGACCAGUGCCGUGUGCCAGCCGGACGGCACCUGGAGCAACCACAACAAGAUCCCCCGCUGCUCUGUGGUGGUGUGUCCCAGCAUCGGCUCCUUCUCUCUGGAGCAUGGGCGCUGGCGCAUCGUGAACGGCUCGCACUACGAGUACCGCACCAAGAUCAUCUUCACCUGCGACCCCGGCUACUACCGGCUAGGCCCGGCCAGCAUCCAGUGCACAACCAACGGAGCCUGGAGCUGGAAGAAUGACAGGCCACGCUGUGAGAUCAUCUCCUGCGGGCAGCUCCCCACUGUGCCCAACGGGAAGAAGAUCGGCACACAGACCACCUUCGGGGCGACGGCCAUCUUCACGUGCGACCUCGGCUACAUGCUGGUGGGCUCCACCGUGCGCGAGUGUCUGUCUUCGGGCCUGUGGAGCGGUACAGAGACCCGCUGCCUGGCGGGCCACUGUGGCACCCCUGAGCCGAUAGUGAACGGUCAGGUGAUUGGGGAGAACUACGGCUACAGGGAUACGGUGGUGUACCAGUGCAACCCCGGCUACCGCCUCAUCGGCUCCUCUGUGCGCAUCUGCUACCAGGACCACAACUGGUCAGGAGAGCUGCCAGUCUGCGUCCCUAUCAGCUGUGGCCACCCGGGCAGCCCCAUCUACGGCCGCACGGUGGGCAACGGCUUCAACCUGAACGACGUGGUGAGCUUCUCCUGCCACACGGGCUAUGUGAUGGAGGGCCCGGCCCGCGCCCAGUGCCAGGCCAACCGGCAGUGGAGCCAUCCACCACCAACGUGUAAAGUGGUCAACUGUUCGGACCCGGGCAUCCCAGCCAACUCCAUCCGGCAGAGCAAGAUCGAGCACGGCAACUUCACCUUUGGCACGGUGGUGUUCUACGACUGCAACCCGGGUUACUACCUAUUCGGCUCGCCCGUGCUCAUGUGCCAGCCCACAGGCCAGUGGGACAAGCCUCUGCCGGAGUGCAUCGUGGUGGACUGUGGGCACCCGGGCUCUCCGCCCAACGGGCUGCUGAUCGGGGACAAGUUCACCUUUGGCUCCACGGUGCGCUACUCCUGCACGGGCGGCCGCAAGCUCAAGGGCGAGUUCUCACGCACCUGCCAGCUCAACAGCCACUGGAGCACACCUAUGCCCUUCUGCUCAGUCGUCCUUACUGUUCUAAUCCAUUCUUUAUCUUCUUCCUCUCCUCCUCUUCCUCCGACCUACGCAGCGGUGCAGUGUGGGAACCCGGGGACGCCAAGCAACGGGCGGGUGUUCCGGCUGGACGGCACCACCUUCUCCCACUCGGUCAUCUACUCCUGCAUGGAGGGUUACCUGCUGUCAGGCUCCACCACCCGAGAGUGCCUGGCCAAUGGCUCCUGGUCGGGCAGUGCCCCCAACUGCACCAUGAUCCACUGUGGUGACCCGGGCGUGCCCGCCAACAGUGCCCGGCACGGCGAGGACUUCACCAUCGGGCAGAACGUCAGCUUUGUGUGCCAGCUGGGCUACGUGAUGGAGCCCGAGGGUUCUCCCGUCCGUACCUGCACGGGCAACGGCACCUGGAGUGGAGUCAUGCCUGCCUGCCGAGCCGUCACGUGCACCGCGCCUCCUGCCAUCUCCAACGGCGUCCUGGAGGGGAACGACUUCGAGUGGGGCACCAGCGUGAGCUACAGCUGCUCAGCGGGCUACGAGCUCUCCUUCCCUGCCUACCUCACCUGCGUGGGCAACGGCACCUGGCGUGGCGAGGUCCCACAGUGCCUGCCCAAGUUCUGUGGUGAUCCAGGCGUCCCUGCCCAUGGCUCACGGGAGGGACGGAGUUUCAUCUACCAAUCAGAAGUGUCGUUUAGCUGUAGCCCGCCCUACAUCCCUGUGGGCAGCACCACGCGCUUCUGCCAGGCUGAUGGCACCUGGAGUGGACUACAGCCUCGCUGCAUAGAGCCCACCCGCACCACCUGUGAAAACCCAGGAACGCCUCGCUCCGGCUCCAUGAACAGAACCUUUGGCUUCAAGGUGGGCAGUAUGGUGGCGUUUCAGUGCCAUCCUGGGCAUUUGCUCCUGGGCUCCACCACACGCUUGUGCCAGGUCGACCUCACGUGGAGCGGCACCCAGCCUGAGUGCAUCCCCCACUCCUGUAAGCAGCCAGAGAGUCCCCCGCACGUGUCGGUGGUGGGCAUGGACCUGCCGUCGUUCGGCUACACCCUCAUCUACUCCUGCCAGCCCGGCUUCUUUCUGUCCGGCGGCUCUGAGCACCGCGCCUGCCGCUCCGACGGCACCUGGAGCGGCAAGAUGCCUGUGUGCAGAGCUGGAUCCAAGCUGUCUGAGAAGCCUGUGAAACCGGUUCCAGGGACGCCCAGCCCUAAGCUGAAUGUCCCAGAUGAUGUCUUCGCUCCCAACUACAUCUGGAAAGGCUCCUAUAACUACAAGGGCAAGAAGCAACCAAUGACUUUGAGCAUCACAAGCUUUAAUACAAGCACGGGUAGAGUUAACGUCACGUUAACCAACAGCAACAUGGAACUCCUGCUUUCAGGUGUCUACAAGAGCCAGGAAGCGCGUCUGAAGCUUCUUCUGUACGAGGUGAAAACGUCCACUCACACCACGCUGAGCAAGCUCAAAGAGGAGGAGUGGUCCAUGGACGGUUUUGUGUCGGCAGAACCUGACGGCGCCACCUACGUCUUCCAAGGCUCCAUACAGGGUAAAGAUUACGGCCAGUUCGGACUCCAAAGACUGGGUCUGAACAUGUCGGAGAGUAAUAACUCGUCCCAUCCACCCCUUGGUACAAACAGUAGCUCUGUGGCCAUAGCAAUCCUUGUGCCUUUUUUCGCCCUGAUAUUCGCAGGCUUUGGAUUCUAUCUCUACAAACAGCGGACUACACCCAAGACCCAGUACACAGGCUGCUCAGUUCAUGAAAACAACAAUGGACAGGCCGCCUUCGAGAAUCCCAUGUACAACACCAACGCUAAAUCCGUAGAGGGCAAAGCUGUCCGAUUCGACCCCAACCUCAACACGGUCUGCACAAUGGUAUAAUGAAGUCUGCUCAGUGCAAAAAAACAACAAAAUGAAACAAACAAACAAGCAGCAUCUCUUUUUUAAUAUAUACCAACAGUGGUGCAAAAGGCUUUCGCAGACAUGGAGGGAUUUUGUGACUAAAGACUGGGAGAGGGUCAAGCAGUCAGUUGUGACCGGCUGCGCUCGUAUUUAAAGCACAUUCUUCAGGAACCAUGAUUGACCAUGUGCAUCUAUCUCGGAGGACACUGGGAUUUUUUGUUGUUGUUUUUUUUUUUGUUUUUCAACGUCACGUUCUGGAAGACUUGACUUGACCAGAACUCAGAAAAAUCUUCACGAGAUUCUUGCGUGGAGAGUCUUGCCUCUUAUUUGAUCCGCACUCCGUGAGUGCUUCUUCACAGUUGACUUGGUCUUUUUGAGUGAAAAGAAUCUGUAAAUCUUCUUACAUAUAUACGAGGAGCAUUCACCACCUAUAUUUUUGUGCUAUAUAUAUUACCGAGUGGGGGUCCAGCCCUGGGAAAGGAAACAGAUUCUAUACAGAGUUUAUAGAAAAAAAAGAGAGAAAUAGUUCAAAAUAUGCUGUUCAAAUGACUGAACGCAACACAUUAUAAAUUGUUCAUUUCCAGCUGUUGUUUUCUCUUCCUUUAAGCAAAGGUUUCAUUUUUGGGUGUUCGCUUCAGUCUUAAAUGCUUCUGCUGGUUCUUUGUUGUUUCUAAACGAGUGUCAAUGGUGAGUAGGUGUGUUUGUACGUGAGGAUGACCAAGUGGGUGGUUUGUUGGUAAUGACCCCUAAGAAUUAGAAACGAAGUGAUUGAAGCGUGUUUUUUAAACAUAUCCAUUUUUUUUAUUGAUAUGACGUGUUUGUGUAAUUUUUUUAUUUAUAUUAAUGCUUGCAUCCCCAUGACAACACAUUGGACAACUGUCAGUAUUUUGUACCUGAAGUCUGCAGCAAAAAAAAUGUUGCCAGAGUGAGCAUUAUGUCAUUGGGCUAAUCCCUCACUUGCAGAAAUGUCUGUGUGCUCAGCUAUACAAAGUAUAGCGUCUGUGUGCCAUCACCUUCCUCAAAUAGCUAUAUUUAAACAUUUUGGAAAAUUUGAUAAGAUAAUUUGAUAAUUUCAAUCAUUAAUCGCUAUUAUUGUUAUUAUUAUAUAGAAUUUGUAUAAAAUAAAAUGCACUUGGCAUUUAAAUCUUAGUCUUUUAUACAAACCUCAGAACACAUCGUUGAUGGAUAACGCAUGCAUGUGUCUUAUGUACCGUGGCAACAAUGUGAUCAUAAUUAUCCUGUAAAUAAGGGAGAUGAAACAGUAUCCUACGUCAGUCUAACUUGGCCAUGGCAUUAAGCAUACCCUCAAAGGUUUAGAGGUGCAGCUCCUUGCUGCAACAAGGGUCCACUUCCCACAGUUAUAGGGAGACGGAUAGGUAAUGACCACACAUGAGUCUUGCAUGAACAGUCAGUCCCCAUCUCUGUAUAUUGGCCAUUGCCAAGCCUCGAAUGAAGGAGCUGGGAUGCUUCUCCUUCAACUUAGCAGGCAGACUUUUACUCGUGGGGAGGCCUCAACGACCACACAGCUGUCAUGGUGUACACUUAUCAUACGUUCAAAUCUCUCACACCACAUGACGGUCACUUUAUAGGGCGAGUCCCAGUCGGACUUGGAGCAGGCUGGCGCCGCGUUUUCAGGCCCUCGAGCUGUGAGAUUCAUUACAGUGCCUUUUAACGUUUCCACUCACUGCGUGUUCUGCAGACGACGGGGAUUCACAGGCACAUUUGUAGGGAGGGAAGGGGUUAAGACUCCCCUUGCUCUGUAGCGUCUGCAGACUUUAGGAGACGAUCCUGACUUGUCCUUGUUCAGUGUCCAUGCCCUUCCCCAUUCAGUUCACCCAAGAGAAGAAUAGCAAGGUAAUUGCAAUUGUGAUUGAGAUUUUUUUUAGAAGAACAAUCGAAUAGAAUAAUAGAAGAACAAUCGAAUCUCCCUUACAGACCCCCCCCCCAACCCCCCUCACACACACACACACACCCACACACACACACACCAUUAUCACCCUCACCUGAUUUGCUUUUGGCUCUUUUGCUCUUUCGCUCUUUACAUUCAUUUUUCUUCAAAUAGGUAAAUACAUUUUGUUCAAAAAGAGGCUGUUUUUUUACACAGUGCCUACCAAAAAAAAAUGACAAGGAAAAAAAUAUCCUAUAUGUGUGUCCCAGGUCUGCUGCUUUCUCAUUUAGGCCUAACUGCUUCAUAUUGUGAAAAUGACUUCAUUUCCAGGUCGCUUCAAGAGACCUAGUGGCUCAAAUGCUUUGUGUCGCAUCACAGAGCCCCUCUCAAGAAUCACCCCCACCUCUUUUUUUAUUAUUUGUCGCUCCAACAUCCAAUCUCUUUUUUGCCACUUAUAAAUGACUGCAAUAAAAAGAAAAAAAUACCCAUACAGUUCUAGGAAUGGACUCUUUCAAGCAGACUACUCUUUGCCAUACACCUGGGUACUCCUCCGAUGUUAAUGCAUUCAGAAAAAUAAGUAUAUAUAAAAAACAUGAAAAUGGAACAAAAAAAGUUUUUUGUAAAGAAAUAUAUUUUUAUGAACAAAUUAUUUGUAAAAUGUAUGAAUC